AUGGGAUGUUCUCAAUCAAGGCUAGAUGAUGAAGAAGCAGUUCAGCUUUGCAAACAAAGAAAGGAAUUCAUUAAACAAGCUGUAGAGCAAAGAACUCGCUUUGCUUCUGGACACAUAGCCUACACCCACUCUCUGCAAAAAGUUUCAGCUGCUCUUCGUGAUUACAUUGAAGAAGAUCAUGAACCUCAUGAGUUCUUAGAUUCAUUCAAGAAAACCUUCAUGCCCAACAUGACUGUAGGGUUUGUACCCAGUUCAGUGGCAAUGAAGGUGAACUACCUAAGGGCAAGUGGCAACCCAGUAAUUUCAGUUCAGGAAAGGAUUCAAUCUCCUGAGAUAGUUCAAGUGGAAGCAUAUUCUCCAAUAAACAGGUUUGGUAUUGAUGGUUUUCUUGCCAUGAAUUCUUCAUUCUUUCCUUAUCAUUCUCCCAAUAACAGACCCAAUCUUCCUUCCCUAUCACCUCAAGCUUCCCAAUGGGAUUUCUACUGGAACCCAUUUUCAUCACUGGACUACCAUGGCUACCCCACUAGAAGUAACCUUGACCAAGUAGCUAUAAAUAAUGAGGCAAGAGGAGAAGAGGAAAUACCUGACUUGGAAGAGGAUGAAACUGAACCGGAUAAGUUUACUGGGAAGAGAUAUUUAGCAGAAGAAAGAACAAAUUUUGGAAUAAAUUCCUCCAUGGGAGCCACAGUUGUAGAAGAAGAUUAUGACAACAAUGACGAUAAUGAUGAAAUGGAAUGCCCAGAAGAAGGCUGCGGCAGUGGAAAUUUAGAUGCGCCAAAAGCUCUAACUACAGGUCAUGUUAAGCCUAGGCACAAGAUUAUGGCAAUUGAUGAUCAAGAUGGUGAUGAAGAAACUCCAGGUUUUCCCGUCUAUGUAGAUAGGAGGCCCACAAGCAUGGCAGAAGUGAUCAGGGAUCUUGAAUCCCAAUUCCAUUCAGCCUGCAAUGCCGCAAAUGAUGCAUCAGAAUUGUUACAGGGAAAUUUUUUAAACCCAGUAGCUAUAUUCCGCUCAGCUUCAUCACCCUCACCCUCACCCUUAGCAAGGGUUUUAUUAAACUCUUCAAGCACUAGAGAUAGAGACAAAGGUUAUGAUAGCAGUGACAAUCUCCCAGAAGAUCCCUCCAUGCUUUCUGACAGUAGUCAUCAAUCGACAUUGGAGAGAUUAUAUGAAUGGGAAAAGAAACUAUACAAGGAAGUCAGGUCUGGAGAACGGGUUCGGAUUGUGUACGAGAAGAAUUGUACGCUAUUCAGGGAUCAGGAUGUAAAAGGAGAGGAUCCCUCUGCUGUGGAUAGAACAAGGGUGACCAUUAGAGAUCUACAUGCCCAGAUGAUGGUUUCAAUGCGCUCAAUUGAUGUAAUUUCCCAGAGAAUCGAGACUCUAAGGGAUGAGGAGUUGCAUCCUCAACUUCUUCAGUUGGUGAAAGGCCUUGCAAGGAUGUGGAAAGUGAUGGCAGAGUGUCAUUGGACACAGAAGAGAAUCCUAGAGGAAGCCAUGAUCCUCCUACCCAGAAUGCAGCUCUCAAUUUCAUCACCCGGUCCCCACAGACCAGCCCGCUCAACCUCCAGCCUCGAAUCCGAACUGAAGAACUGGCGAGCCAGAUUCGAGUCAUGGAUCGCUGCUCAGAGAUCCUACGUCCACGCGCUUACCGGCUGGCUACAAUGGUGCGUCAGAUCCAACGCUCCCGUCGAUGCUUCUCCUCGUCGAUCCUGCAGCGGGACCCAUCCAUUAAUUGGACUGUGCGCGGAAUGGUCAAGGCGGUUAGAUGAGAUCCACGAAGCUUCAGUUCUUGAAGGCAUAGAUUAUUUCACAGCUGGUGUGAGGUCGCUGAGCGCCCAAGAGGUUCGAGAAAAUUCUCUUAGGAAUGGAGGAGGAUGGAAGAAAUCAGAUGGAAAUAUUGGGGAGGUAGAAGCAGAAGGAGAAGUUGUGAUUGCAGAGAAAAUGCGAGAAGAUGAGAUUAUGAUGAUUUGUGGAGGAAUAGCAGUAGCUAUGAGCUCACUCGCUGAGUUUGCUGUUGAUUCUUCAAAAGUUUAUGAUCAGCUUGUUGAGCUGUGGGGGCAUGCGAAGUGCAAGGAUGCUUCCCCUGUGGAUUUGGCUGCAACAUGAAGUUUUUUCCCAACUCUCCCUUUUUGGGAA